GAUAAUUACUUUAUUUAUAAAUAAUCUAUCAUAGAAUAAAAAAAAUUCAGAUCAAUAAUAAUUUUGAAAUAAUUGGUAUCAUGUCAUAUUAAUAACUUUCAAAAUGUAAGCACUGGAAUCAAAAUAUUUUUCCUUAGCUAUAAAAUGUUUUAGUUAUGGAGCCCAAUGCCGAUGAGAGAGAGUUUUAUUCAAGUUGGGCUUUAUUAAUUCAAAUAUUUUUAUUGAUUGGUACAUUAUGGACAAGCUAUUAUUUACAUUUAAAGAAGAUUAGAGUCAUACAUGAAACUGUUAUAUCCAUAUUUGCGGGAAUGAUUGUUGGAUUAAUAAUCAGACUUACACCAGGUUCAAUGAUUCAAGAUAUGGUUUCUUUUAAUUAUACAUAUUUUUUCAAUGUUCUUUUACCUCCAAUUAUUUUGAAUUCUGGAUAUGAGAUGCAGAAGGAAACAUUUUUCAGAAAUUUCGGAACAAUCUUGUUAUUUGCGAUUGUGGGAACUUUUAUGUCGACAAUGGUCAUUGGGAUUCUUGUUAGGAUAUUGGUAUUGCUAGGGAUAGAUUCACUUUCACUAUCAUUGCUCGAUUCAAUUAUGUUUGGAUCAAUUCUUUCAGCAACAGAUUCGGUGGCGGUACUUACAAUAUUUCAAACAUUAAAAGUUGAUCCAAAUUUAUAUUCAAUUUUUUUUGGAGAGACUAUAAUGAAUGAUGCGGUUUCAAUUGUAUUUUAUGAAACAUUAAAGCAAUAUCGUGAUAAAGAAUUUCAUGCUUCCAACAUUUCUGACGCAAUUUUAUCUUUUGUGAUUAAAUUUGGAGCUUCAUUAUCGAUCGGAGUUCUCGUUGGACUUUUGUUUAUUUACAUGUUAAAGUAUUCACAAUUGGGCGAGUAUCCUUCGUUAGAGUCGUGCAUAAUUGCGUUGAUGGCAUAUUCUUCUUAUUUACUAUCGAAUGGGCUUCAUUCAACCGGGAUCGUAUCAUUAUUGUUUUGUGGUAUUGUUCUAAAGCAUUAUGCUUAUGAUAAUAUGUCACUGAAAACCAAACGAACAACGAAAUAUACGUUUCAUGUACUAGCGAAACUCUCGGAAAAUUUUAUUUUUAUUUAUUUAGGAUUAGCAUUAUUCACAAAAACUGAUCUUGAAUUUAAACCAUUCUUUAUAUUUUUUACAGCGACAUUUAUAUGUGUAGGACGAUAUUUUGCUAUAUUCCCUUUAUCAUUUUUAAUGAAUGUUGUAGCGAGAUAUCGAAAUGGAGUCGAUUCAAUUCCACGGGAACAUUCUAUUAUACUUUUCUGGUCAGUACGUGGAGCUGUCGCGUUUGCAUUAUCAGCGGGACUUAAAGGUAGUAAUGCAAAUGCAAUGUUAACAACAAUUCUUGUUGUUGUUGUAAUUAGCGUUAUAGUCUUUGGAUCCACAACCAACAAAAUGGUGGAAAUUCUGAAUAUUCAGACAAAUGUAGAUGAUGAAGUACAUGAUGAUGAUUCUGUAAAUACCGUUGUAACGACUAAGCAGCAAAAACACUGGUUUAUUUCAUUUGAUGGUCGAUAUUUAAAACCAUUUUUUACUCGUCAAAAGGAACAACAAUAUGUUACUCCACAUGAUAAUUGGCAUAAUGAAAACGAUCAUAACGAUCAUGUUGAAGGUUUUGGGCUUGUAAUAAUGAAUAAAUCAGUUAAUAAUAUUGAUGAAAACACUGAAGGCGAAGAAGACAAUCAGAAUAAAAAUAGUACUGACACGUGUACAAAGGAAGACAAUCAGAAUAAAAAUAAUAGCGACACGUGUACAAAUGUUGAAAUUAGUGAUUCAAAAUCGGAUUCUGACAAUCAUAGUUCAAUAGAUAUAAGUUCUAUUAAUUCUAAUAAUGAUUAAUAUUAAAAAAAAAAAAAAAAAUCAAAUUGUAAUUUAAUUUAAUCUCUUAGAUCUUAGAUUU